AUGCCGGCCGAAAAUCAAGAAAGGUGUCCAGUGGUACCCAUAGCGGUCGUGGGAAUGAGCUUUCGAGGCCCCGGGGACGCCACAAGUACUGAGAAUCUUCUGCGCAUGGUAGCUGAAGGCCGCGAAAGCCGUUCACCAAUACCGAAGGAAAAAUGGAAUCACGAUGCAUUCUAUCAUCCAGAUCAUAGCAGACAUGGAACACACAACGUGGAGUAUGGACAUUGGUUUCAGCAAGAUGUUUACACAUUCGACGCCCCAUUUUUUAACAUAUCAGAGUCCGAGGCGGCUGCUCUAGAUCCACAACAACGAAUGCUGCUUGAGUGUUCAUACGAAGCCUUUGAGAACUCGGGAAUUCCAAUGUUCAAGGUUGUGAAAUCAAACACAUCGGUAUUCACCGCUUGUUUUGCUACAGACUACACCGACAUGCUUUGGAGAGAUCCAGAGAGCGUGCCGAUGUAUCAAUGCACAAACUCAGGUCACUCACGCGCAAAUAUGGCUAACCGCAUAUCGUACACUUUUGAUUUAAAGGGACCUAGUGUCACAGCUGAUACGGCUUGUUCUGGGGGCUUGACUGCUCUUCAUCUGGCUUGUCAGAGUUUACAGACUGGAGAUGCAACACAGGCAGUCGCAGCGGGAUCCAGUUUGGUACUGGGCCCUGAGCUCAUGACUACAAUGAGUAUGAUGAGAUUUUUGUCACCCGACGGGAGGUGCUACACAUUUGAUGAGCGUGCAAACGGCUAUGCUCGUGGUGAAGGUGUUGCUGUUCUUGUUUUGAAGCGCUUAGAAGACGCAAUCGCAGAGGGCGAUACCAUCCGGGCGGUCAUCCGUGGCACAGGUUGCAAUCAAGAUGGAAAGACGGCGGGCAUCACGAUGCCCAACGGCCAGUCACAGAAAGAAUUAAUUCGAUCUGUAUACGAAAAGACUGGCCUUGAUCCACUGGAAACUUCUUACGUGGAAUGCCACGGAACUGGCACCCAAGCCGGAGACGUUACCGAAACUGCUGCGAUCAAUGCCAUCUUUUGCCCUGGUCGACCAUUAAGUAAGCCGCUGAUGAUAGGCUCAGUUAAAACGAAUGUCGGACAUUUGGAAGCAGCCAGUGGCCUCACAGGCGUGAUCAAGUCUAUACUCAUGUUGGAGAAUGAGAUAAUUCUUCCAAACCGAAAUUUUGAAAACGCUAAUCCCCGAAUCCCACUCGAAGACUGGGCACUCCGGGUACCCACGGCCAUCGAGCCUUGGAUAAGCUCGGGGCCUCGUCGUGCAUCGGUUAAUAGCUUUGGCUAUGGUGGAGCGAAUGUUCACGCCAUUCUCGAAAACACAAGAGACUUUUUGGCUGCACGCGCUAUCAAUUCUACUAAUUUCACUCAGAGAUCUGCACUUGCUGUGAAGGCAGUUCAAGCAGCUCUUGCCAAUGACACCGCAAAUCGUGAUGACAUCACAAACGGCAAUGGCCUCACAAAUGGGAAUGGCCUGACGAACGGUAACAGCAUCACAAAUGGAAUUGGCUUCACAAAUGGAAAUGGCCUCACAAACGGCGACUCGAACGGUAACGGAAGAAUCGGCUAUACCAAUGGCCAUUCACAGAGCAACGGGACUACAAACGGUAACUUACUAAAAGUCAAUGGACACAGUCAGGACACCAGCCACCGCGAAGAAAUCGCAAGCCACUCUGACAACGGGCCUCGAAUAUUCACACUCUCAGCCUUUGAUCCCAUAGCCGGAGCCGCCUGGUCUCGCAGACUUGCCGAAUACGUUUCGCAAAGAGAAGCCAGCGCCGAUGGAGAAUUCCUCAGCAGCCUUGCCUACACGCUCAGUGAUAGACGAACUGUGCACCCAUGGAAGGCCACCGUGACUGCAUCUUCUAGCCAAGAGCUAGUCUCGAAACUCGAAAAGGUUAAUUUUGUCAACGUGCCUGCACGACAAAGACUGGGGUUCGUGUUCACAGGUCAAGGUGCACAGUGGUGUGGCAUGGGCAGGGAGCUCAUAGAUGUCUCUCCACGGUUCCGAGAGAGCCUUAAAGCAUGCGGAGAAGCACUAGAACGAAUGGGAGCCCCCUUUGACGUAUUAGAGGAGCUACAGCAAGACUUUGAGAUUUCGCAGAUGAACAAGGCAUUAUACAGUCAGCCUCUUUGCACCGCAUUGCAAAUCGCGCUGGUGGAUAUGCUCGCCUCUUGGGGCAUACGCCCCGAAUCUGUCACAGGACAUUCUAGCGGAGAGAUUGCCGCUGCGUAUGCUGCUGGGGCGAUUAAUCUCGAAGAUGCCAUGCUUGUCGCGUACGAACGAGGCCGUGCAUCAUCGAAGCUCACCGAAGAGGGCAUCAAAGGCGCCAUGACAGCGGUAGGUAUGGCCAGAGACGAGAUCAUACCAAUACUUGCAGGCCUUCAGAACGGAAAAGCUGUGGUGGCCUGUUCGAAUAGCCCCUCAAGUACAACCGUCUCGGGAGACAAGAGUGCACUGGACGAGCUGCAACAUGUUCUCCGGGAAAAGGGGGUCUACAAUCGUAGACUUUUGGUUGAGGUUGCAUAUCACUCCCAUCACAUGAUUCUUGUUGCCGACAGCUAUCGAGCCGCAAUUUCCAAUAUCAAAACACUCAAGGGGAACGAUGUCAAGUUCUUCUCUUCCGUUACGGGCAAAAAGAUGGAAACCUCCAAGCUAGGACCAGAAUAUUGGGUCAGCAACUUGGUAGGCGAAGUAAAAUUCGCACAAUCAUUGCUCCAACUAGCAAAUUAUGGCAGUCAUGACACCAACUUCCAAGUCCAGAGACUGGUUGAGAUCGGCCCACACGGAGCGCUCGCUGGACCGGGCAAGCAGGUGCUUGAAGCCAGUCAAGUGCCUACCACAUCGACGAUAGACUACCUGUCAGUUCUGGUUCGGAAGCAGAAUGCAGUGAAAACGGCGCUAGAACUGGCAUCGAAGCUCUUUAUUUCUGGAUACCCAGUUCGCUUUUCCACCCUCAAUGGAAGCUCUACAUCGGGUGUUUCUUCUCCUUUGAUCGACCUACCCCCCUAUGCCUGGAAUCACAACAAAUCGUACUCGGCGGAACCGAGAAUAAGUAAGGCCUACCGUCAGCGCAGCUUCCCAAGAUUGGAUCUUAUUGGCGCCUUUGAUGUACAUUCUAGCCCGCUAGAACCGCGUUGGCGGCAGAUGAUACGUUUAUCGGAACUGCCAUGGGUACGAGAUCACAAGAUUCAGGGUUCGGUCCUCUAUCCUGCAGCUGGAUAUAUCACAAUGGCCAUUGAGGCAGCCAUUCAAAAGCUACUAAAGAGAGCGCCGGACACACCCAUCCUGGGCUAUCAGUUCCGCGAUGUGUCGAUCAAUUCCGCACUUGUGAUUCCAGAGACACCUGGCGAGGUGGAGGUAUUCAUCACACUGAAAGCCUUCUCUGAGAGUGCCAAAGCAACUUCUAGCCUCUGGGAUGAAUUCCUGGUCUCUUCCGUGGUGAACGAGAACCACUGGACUGAACACUGUCGCGGUUUGAUCGCAGUGCAGACACCAUCCAAGGCUUCAAACUCUGUCAAUGCUGCGAUACAAGAGAAGGCGAACACCGCGGCUCAUGGCAACAUGGUUGAAGAGCUUGAGACCGCGUGCCAGACAUCAACCGAUGUUGAUGGUUUCUACGCACAACUUUCGGAAAUUGGCAUGGAGUAUGGUCCAGCAUUCGCCAACAUGCGACAAGCUCGUACAGCUCCUGGGCAAUGCAUUACCAGCGUGGAGAUUCCUGAUACAGCAGCCUCAAUGCCGAUGCAGUACGAACGUGCUAGUGUCAUCCAUCCGGGUACACUGGAUGCCAUCUUCCACAGUUACCUUCUCGCGCAUGCAGGACAUGUGGGUAAGCUCAGCAACCCUAUCAUUCCUGUAUCAAUCGAAGACAUGUUCAUUGCCCAUGAUAUCACCAGAAGAUCAGGAGAUAGACUCGUCUCCUACGCUUCAAUAUCGCGCAUCGACUACCGCCAUAAGUCCACCGGCAUCAUGGUUUUUGAAGACUCUUAUGCAGAGGGAAAAAAACCAGUUAUUCAGCUGAAUGAGAUGACGGUGGCAGCAAUAGAUCAUCGUGAGUCAGAAAGAGGCGAAGAUUCCAAUUAUCGACGAGCGUACAACUUGAAAUGGGCACCCGAUGUGGACACAUUGACAGAGCAACAGGCUAUCGACAUCUGUUCAAAGCCAGCGGUUACCCAAGGCGCUAUCACAGAUACAGAAUUGGAUCAAGUUGCGGUCAAGAUGCUCCGAGAAGGUCUAUCGAAGGUCUCGGAGCAACAAGCUAUUGAAGCGGGAGAGUUUGCUCACAAUCUCUGGAAACUGAUUUCUUUCCAAGUAGAGAAAUCGACUGCACUUCCAAAUGCAGACGAUUCUACCCAUAACAGCCUCCCUGAUGAGGUCAGCACAGCCUUGGACCGAACAGCUGAGCAGUUGCCGGAUCUUCUAGCCGGCCGAAUCACACCUGCCAAACUCAUCGAGACAUAUGACAUGAACAUGGUUGCAGCGGUUCCUCAGGUCUUCAAAGAAAAUUACGUUGUGGCAGCCUACCUCAAUCUACUGGCCCAUAAGACGCCAGAUCUCAGCGUGCUGACCAUGGGACCCCUAUCGGGGCCUGCUUCGUUGAACCUGUUGUCUUUGCUCUCUGGAACGGACGGUGGUAGCGCUCCCUUCAAAGCCUUGCAUCAUACCGACACCGAACUUAACAUGGACCAUGUGGCCAAGAUUGAAUUCCCAGCUUGGGCCGACUCGAUUACAUUGAAAGACGGCCAGACUGAAGCUGGUACGUAUGAUGCUGUAGUAGCAUUCAACAUCAGUGGGACGAGUGGACAGGCAGAAAAGCUACUGUCGAGUGCUUCCAAGCUGUUGAAAGAUGGAGGAAGAUUGAUGCUGGUCCAACUCUCGAUCGAGUCACCUGCUGCUACUCUAGUAUGGGGAUCACUCGCCAACCUAUCCCCAAACCAAAGUCAAGUCUUGAAUGGGCUACCACCCUCAACAGUAGAGGAUGUAGCUGAGAAGAUGGGCUUCAACGCUCAGAUAACAGCUUCAAAGCGACUCAUCGUUCUCCAGAAAGGUGGACUGCAAGGAAACAGCGAGAAACAGCCCGACGUACUCAUCGUUGGCGGUGAGGAGCCAACUGGUGUCGACAUGGAGGCCCUCAGCAAAAAGCUUGGCUCUGGGACGGAGAUGGUGUCCCUUGAGCAUGUUUGCCCUAAGCCAGGACAGGUAUGCGUUGUGCUCAGUGAAUUGUCGAGAUCGGUACUUUCAGGGCCGACGCCGACGGAAUGGGAGGCUAUCAAGAGAAUGGUGCAGGGCGGCGCAGGGCUGAUCUGGGUCACUCGCGGCGCAGGCGGCAACGAGUGCUCGAAUGCACAGGCAGCAUUGGUUCAGGGACUUGCACGCACCAUCCGCGCCGAAAUGGGAGAUCAGCCGAUUGUCACGCUUGAUCUCGAUGGCAUCAGGCCGCUGGACGCCCACAUGGCGGCCGGGUGCAUUGCCCAUGUUGCAGGGCGGGCGAUGCGGCGACGCGGUGGUGAUGGCCAGAGUGUGGGUGUAGCCGUGGACGUGGACUGGGAGGUGAUGGAACGAGGUGGGAUCUUACACGUGCCCCGUCUGGUUGAGGAUGUAGAUGCCAGCAUGGCGUUGCAGUCGGAUGAUGCCAAGACCCUGACGUCCGCGGGGACGGGCCAGCCACAACGGCGGUUACGCGAUGUGGGGCCGACACGCCUCUUUGUGGCUACGCCCGGCCUGCUCGACAGUUUGCACUUUGCCGCCGAUGAGCGCACGGGCGGGCGCUUGCGGGCCGGGCAGGUUCGGGUCAAUGUUAAAGCGGCCGGGAUCAACUUCAAGGACGUUAUGAUGGCCAUGGGUCAGAUCAAGGUCGAAGAUCUGGGUUGCGAAUGCAGCGGCAUUGUUUCCGCCAUCGACGACGCGGUCGCACAAGACCCACAAGGGCUUCGUGUUGGAGACCGAGUCAUGUGCCUCAGCUCAGGAUCAUACUGCACCCAGCUACCACUCGAUGCUCGACUCGCACAUCGCAUCCCCGAUCACUUGUCCUUUGAGACGGCUGCGGCGCUGCCCAUUACCUAUGUGACGGCCUAUCACAGCGUCCACAACAUUGCCCGUCUGCGCAAAGGCGAAACCAUUCUGAUCCACGCAGCUGCAGGCGGGCUGGGUCAGGCUCUUGUUGAAUUGAGCCAGCAGGUGGAAGCUGUCGUCUAUGUCACAGUGGGCAGCGCUGAAAAGAAAGAAUUCAUCAUACAGCGCUUUGGCUUGGCCGAAGAUCACAUCCUCUACAGCCGCGAUGUUUCCUUCUCCCGCGACAUCAUGCGGCUGACGCACGGCCGUGGCGUCGAUGUGGUCAUGAACAGUCUUGCAGGUGAGGCUCUUCGGCAAUCUUGGACGUGCAUUGCCCCACAUGGCCGCUUCGUUGAGCUUGGCCAGCGCGACAUCACCAUCAACACACGGUUGGAUAUGGCACCGUUUUCUCGCAAUGCCUCCUUUACCGCCUUCAACCUAGCAUACACCAUGCAAAAUGACCCUCAAGCAGCCCGCGAGGUCAUGGCCAGUGUACUCGCUCUUUUCACCAGUGGCGCUAUACGAGGCCCUGAUCCUGUUGAGACGUAUGCUUUCUCACAACUCGAGCAGGCCUUCCGUAAAAUGCAGACUGGUCGUCAUAUGGGCAAGCUUGUGGCUGUGGUUCAGCCCGAUGACCUGGUCAAGUAUCAUCAUGAGCCAAACUCAACCCUGCUUUUCCGCUCUGAUGCUGCUUACUUACUCGUGGGGGGCCUAGGUGGCCUUGGUCGCGCCACCGCUCUAUGGAUGGCUUCUCGUGGGGCUCGCCAUGUAAUCUUCAUCAAUCGAUCAGGAUCCAAGAGUGGGACAGCACAGGAGACAAUCAAGGCCCUGGAGGAUGUAGGCUGCAAGGCCACCGUUUUCGACUGCGAUGUUGCAGAUUCGAACCAACUUGCAUCGACCCUAGCUGCAGCUCGGGAACUGCCGCCCAUCCGUGGUGUGAUCCAAGGCGCUAUGGUGCUUAGGGACACCAUGUUCGCUAAUAUGGCCAUUGACGAUUACUUGGCCGUAUUGCGUCCCAAACUGCAAGGCACCUUGAACCUACAUGCUCAACUACCGGCUGACAUGGACUUCUUCAUCAUGGAGUCUUCAAUUAGCGGCAUUGUGGGUAACAGUACCCAGGCAGCUUAUGCAGCUGCAAACACCUUCCUUGAUGCGUUUGCUCGAUUCAGGAGAUCUUCCAGCCUGCCUGCUACUACCAUUGACAUUGGUGCUGUAGCUGACAUUGGCUAUCUCGCAGAACAUGACCAUAUUAAGCAAGCUAUGGAACGGCAGGGGUUUGAGUUCACGGAUACCUCGCGUCUGAUGCGUCUUCUGGAGUUCGCAAUUUUGAACUCCACUCGUACCCCCUGCAAUGCUCACGUCAUUACAGGCUUAGGUGCCUGGCAUCCCGAUAACUCACUCCCUGUCCUCCGUGGUCCCGUCUUCUCACGCUAUCGUAUGCUAUCAUCGUGUGCUCCUAGCACUGGCGAUAACGCGCGCGAUACGCUGCGUGUGGCCUUGAAACAAUCCUCCAGUCUUGAUGCUGCCACAAAGGUCAUUCUUCCCGCAAUUAUCAAUCAAAUCAUAGCCAGAACCGGCAUUCCUGUCGAGAAUGUAAGCACGUCGCAAAGUCUGCAGGACUAUGGCAUUGAUUCCCUGUCGGCUGUGGAGCUGAGAAAUUGGUUUUCAAAAGAGAUGGAAAGUGUGGUGCCCAUUUUUGAGCUGCUGGCGGCCGAGUCGCUUACUGCUCUCGCUGCAAUGAUAGCACGACGUAGCAGACUGAUUGUUAGUACAAACACUGAUGUUCAGUCAGCAGUCUGA